UGAAAACUUUUGCCGCCAAUGAAGAACAUUGCAAAGGUACCCAGGAUGUAAAAGAAGAAGUCUUCAUGAGCAUCUCCAUGGAUGGAUGCCAACUCAUUAGUCAAUGGGAAGACAAUGGUAUCUUCCAACCUGUUGUGUGUUUCCAUGCCCUCCAGUGGUAAUUCUUUCACAUUAUUUUGUGCCAUGGGAAAAACCUGAAGGGCAGGCACAGUUGCUCCUAAACUUGCAACUUUGCCCCCGAUUCUAGUGACCUUUCUAGAACGUGACCACUGGAGAUCUCAUCCUUGCGUUGCCUUUCAGAGCCUAACCAAAGAAGGCACUUUCUUAUUCUACGGUCUUCUGGCUUCUGCUUGUUUUUCCAUUUGUUUCUGUUGCUUGUGCCUUCCGACCAUCUUCUGUAAUCACAAGACGUCCAUAAAGUUUUCCAGCACCAUUUGCAGGCAUCUGGACUUCUUGGCGGCUCACCCAUGGCCUGCUAAGCCAGCAGUCAAAGGGCACUACCAUGAGGCACUGCAUUAAUUGCUGUAUACAGUUGUUACCCAACGAGACGUGCACACAGCCGGUCGGCUGCCGAGGAGGCCCGCAUCCCAGCCACCAAGCGUGCCCGGCGUGCAAAGGAGAAAACAAGAUUCUGUUCCGCGUGGACAGUAAGCAGAUGAACUUGCUUGCUGUUCUCGAAGUGAGGACGGAAGGGAACGAGAGCUGGGGCGGGUUUUUGCGCUUCAGGAAGGGGAUGCGAUGUAGCCUCGUGUUUGUACUGGUAAUCAUGACCUUGGUGAUGGCGUCUUACAUCCUUUCAGGGGUCCACCAAGAACUCCUGAUCCCAUCGCCUUUCCAUUACGGAGGCUUCCUCAGUAACCCUGGCGUGGUGGACAGCGAAGGCCCUGGUGACCUGAAAGAACACCACCACCAGCCCUCUGUAAAUAAUAUCUCAUACGUGAAGGAUUACCCAAGCAUUAAAUUAAUUGUUAACAGCAUCACGGCCAGGAUUGAGUUCACGACCAGACAGCUCCCAGAUUUGGAAGACCUCAAGAAGCAGGAGCUGCACAUGUUCUCAGUAAUCCCCAGUAAAUUUCUUCCGAAUAGUAAGAGCCCUUGCUGGUAUGAGGAGUUCGUGGGCAAGAACACCACUGAUCCCUACCUGACCAACUCCUACGUGCUCUACUCCAGAAGGUUCCGCUCUACCUUCGACGCCCUUCGCAAGGCCUUCUGGGGCCAGCUGUCACACACCAACGGCAAACACUUCCGCCUGCGUUGCCUGCCCCACUUCUACAUCAUCGGGCAGCCCAAGUGCGGCACCACCGACCUCUAUGACCGCCUGCGGCUGCACCCCGAGGUGAAGUUCUCCGCCAUCAAGGAGCCCCACUGGUGGACCCGAAAGCGGUUUGGUGAUAGCACGGACAGCGAGCCACCAUUUCUGAUCCAGGACUUCAUUCAUGCCUUCCAGCCCCAUGCCAAGCUGAUCGUCAUGCUCAGGGAUCCUGUGGAGAGGUUGUACUCAGACUAUCUCUACUUUGCAAGUUCGAAUAAAUCUGCAGAUGACUUCCAUGAAAAAGUGGCGGAGGCUCUGCAGCUGUUUGAAAAUUGCGUGCUUGAUUACUCCCUGCGCGCCUGCGUCUACAACAACACGCUGAACAAUGCCAUGCCGGUGAGGCUCCAGGUAGGCCUGUACGCGGUGUAUCUUCUGGACUGGCUCAGCGUCUUCAGUAAAGAGCAGUUCCUCAUUCUUCGCCUGGAAGACCACGCGUCCAAUGUCAAGUACACCAUGCAGAGGGUUUUCGAGUUCCUGAACCUAGGGCCCUUAAGUGAGAAGCAAGAAGCCCUGUUGACUAAGAGCCCCGCCUCGAACGUUCGGCGCCCUGAGGACCGGAACCUGGGUCCCAUGUGGCCCGUCACGCAGAGGAUCCUGCAGGACUUCUACGGGCCAUUCAAUGCCAGGCUGGCGCAGGUCCUUGCCGACGAAGCGUUUAUGUGGAAAAAGACGUGAGGGCCGAGUCCCCGCUGCCAGCUCUGUGCCGAGGACGAUACUGCUGUUAUUUUAAAAUCACUCUCUGCAGGGAACCGUUUUACUCCCAGUGAGGAGAAGACCUCAGAGUCUGAGGCUUCCUUCCCUCUCUACGCCCGUGUUUCAUCAUAACCAUUGCAGGAGUUCCUUCGUGACAUUGGACAGCCCAGGAAUUGACCCCUCACGAAGCUUCUCCGGCUGAGGCCAUGGGAAACGCACUUCUGGAAGAAUUCACAUCUGCUCCCCAGGAAUGCGAGGAGCUUGGGGGUGAGGCAGGCCGGCACGGUGCCGAGUGUGGAGAGGGAAGGAAGCAUCUCGAAGAGAGCCGAUUCUGGGGUUUUCCAGUCCUGGGAUCAGAUUAAGCAGCCAGAGGUGGUACCUCGGGGCAUGUUGGAACCUAAGCUUCACGUUCGCUUUUGAAACACAUCUUUGCUUAGCUCACUUAGACUCAUUUGGGCGGAGGAUGAAGGCUCUUUGAUUUUUUUUCCCUUUUGCUCCAGGGGUAGCCCUUCAGUCUCUUCAGAUGUCAGCCCUGUUAACUUCACUGUUUAGUGAGAGAAAAAAAUGAGUUUGUGUUUGGAAGCGCGUUCAUUUCUCGAACCCCUCCCAUCCCUUCAUGUAGACUUGGCCUUUCUGUGCUGACUACAGACAAUGAAUGCGUUUCGAACAAACCACUGUCUGCAUUGAACUAGCCAGAGCUCUCUUUUCUACCGCUUUUGGUGUUUUCUCAAGAAAUUCAGCUCAUAGGUGGAAGAGAAAUUUUGGCUGCGAAUGCCAGAAUGAGCAACUUCCCGGAAUUGAACACUUCAUGGAAACGCUAGGUGACUCAAGGCCUCGACACGUGCAGGAGGUCAUCGAAGAGCUGGGUGGGUUUCAAAUGUUGAUCUCUAGCUGGUUACAGGCCAGCCUCCCCCUCGGAAGGAGCCUCUUAUCCACAUUGUCCACCACGGUGUGGCCAGACUUCCUUACUCAGCCCACAGACUACAACAUGCUCGUAUCCUGAUUCAGAAGCACGAUGCAUGAGCUCCACUUGGGCUGAACUUGGAAUGCUUGGAUUUGGAAGGUGAUUGGUAAGGGCUGUGUUCUUCAUUGAACUUUCUGGGCCACUUGGCAUCUUGGUUUGCCAGUGGUGGCAGAUCUUGUCAUUCCUUGGAAGUGGUGGGACAACGGAAGAGAACACUUGGGCCCACUCAGCGCACAGCCCCGGUGGGAUCCCAACGAAGCUUUGCACUCAGAUGUUGUCAAGGGAAGCUUUCUGUGAACCAGAGCUCUCAGGUCAAGGCCACGGACACCAAAGUCAGAAAGUGCAAGGGUCUACGUGCUGAACCACAUUUGCAUGUCUGUGACAGAAUGGGGGCUCCCGUGGCUUGAGGAUUUGCAGUCCCUCAGCAGUCCAGCCAGGGGGCACUUGUCCUUUCGCCAUCCGAGGUGGGGUACACAGCCCACUUGAAGGCAUGUGGAAAGCUCUGCGUACUGGGCCGGCUGGGUUAUUAUUUAUGCUAUUGAAGGAGCUGGGUGUCCUGAGCGCCCCUUUCAGGGACAGUCGCCCCUUUCUGUCACAGCCAGCAGUUGGAGCAGCAGCCAGCAGGGAAAUCUGGCUGGAGCACAAAGAUGCUUUAGGGAGCCCUCGCUCGGAUGUGUGUGUAUUUAUUUGCAGUACGCGGGUGUGUGUGCGUGCGGUGGGGGGCACAUUUUCUAGUGGAGUCCCCUCAGUUCUGAUGAGACUCCUCCACUCUGGACGCAGCCCUUUACAGCUCAAUUUCUCUGCCAUUAACUUGUCACUUUAAGCACACAUUCUAGUUUUCCACACCAACAUAACCACCACAAGGGUUCUUUCUUACGCACUCCUAUGCAUGUGAGUAACAUGUUGUAUUGUAAUUCUGCUUCUUACAGAAGUAUUACCGAGUUAUAUUCUUUCCAAUAUUAUUUGGUUUAUUAUACAGAUCUUUUUAUACACGCAGGCCCGUCCCUUCUGUGCCAUCAGACACAGGUUCUCUCGAAGGGCCGUUCUCCGAGGGCGUACCCACUGCCGCGGAGGCCUGGUCCUCACUGGUGGCCAAGGGAACAUUCGGGGUGGUGUUUCUCUCGCCUGUCAUCCCAAACCAAAGCGCAACGGAGCGUUUCUCACAACCUGGUAUUGACGCUACUUUGUGUUCCGAAAAGCUGUGUGUGGGAUUAUAAUAAACUGUACCCCGUUAGCUGUGUAAGGUAUGGUAAGUGAGCCACGGUUACGUGUACUUUUAUUAGUAUUUAACAUAAUUAAAUACGGAUCCAUACAGCUGUUG